UGAGAAGUAAACUGUAUUUCCCAUCGUGCAUUAGUCGCCGCCCUACGGAAGACUUCAUCUCCCAGCAUGCAGCAGAUUAGGCUUUCCCUCUCGUGGGCGCGUCUUAGAAAAAGUAUCCGGAGACGGCAGCGAGAUUAGGCCGGAUUGUAGCCUCCCUUUACCUCGCUAGCCUCGGCCUGCAGGUUUUGCGAAGAAAUGGCCUUCGUGCUACUGAAGUGCUGCGGGCGAAACGCUUCUUCUAUCCCCAGGCGGUUGCACCGGGUGCCUGAGGCUGGCCAUUUGGAAAACCGUGCUUGUUUUAGCUGUACAUCCCUGAGGCUAAUAAAUCAUGCGCCUGGUCAUUUAAAAUAUUGCACUAGUGUCUCGCCUGUUUACAUUUACUCGGCAAAAGCGGGUUAUAGUCGGACUGAAAGAUCAGGACAAAGGCACUUUACAGCUUUAACAACAUUCAAUGCGUGGUCACUGACUGCUAAUAGAUGUGUUGGGGGGGCUCGUUAUAUUCCAGUACGACAGUGGCAUUCUUCACAACCCAGUUACGAUGACUCUGUGGUAGAAAAGUCGCUGAAGUCUCUCAAGGAUAAAAAUAAGAAGCUGGAAGAAGGAGGGCCUGUAUAUAGCCCAACAGUAGAAGAAAACAUAGUUAAAAGGUCUCUUGGACAGAGGGUUGUUGAUGAACUGAAACAUUACUAUCAUGGCUUUCGGUUGUUGUGGAUUGAUACAACAAUUGCUGCAAGGAUGCUCUGGAGAAUUCUUCAUGGCAACACUUUAUCCCGUCGAGAACGGAGACAGUUCCUCCGGAUAUGUGCCGACCUCUUCCGGUUGGUCCCUUUCCUAGUCUUUCUUGUUGUACCAUUCAUGGAGUUUCUACUUCCAGUAGCCUUAAAGCUGUUCCCCAAUAUGCUUCCUUCAACAUUUGAGACAAAGUCUAAGAAGGAAGAAAGAUUGAAGAAGGAACUAAGAGUGAAGCUUGAACUAGCUAAAUUUCUUCAAGAUACUAUUGAAGAGAUAGCCUUAAAAAAUAAAGCAGCCAAAGGGAAUGUUACUAAAGACUUUUCAACUUUCUUUCAAAAGAUCCGUGAAACUGGUGAAAGACCAAGCAAUGAAGAAAUUUUACGAUUCUCUAAACUAUUUGAAGAUGAACUAACUCUUGAUAAUCUCACAAGACCCCAGUUGGUUGCUCUCUGCAAACUGUUAGAACUUCAGUCAAUUGGGACAAAUAACUUUCUUCGCUUCCAGUUAACAAUGCGGUUGAGAUCUAUAAAAGCAGAUGAUAAACUGAUAGCUGAGGAAGGUAUGGAUAGCCUGACAGUUAAAGAGCUACAGGCAGCAUGUCGAGCAAGAGGCAUGAGAGCACUUGGCGUAACAGAAGACCGUUUAAAGGAUCAGCUUAAGCAGUGGCUAGACUUGCAUCUGAACCAGGAAAUCCCAACUUCACUGCUUAUUUUAUCCAGAGCUAUGUACCUUCCAGACACUCUUUCACCAGCUGACCAGCUUAAAACAACCUUGCAAACAUUACCUGAAAGUGUGGCCAAAGAAGCUCAAGUUAAAGCCGCAGAAGUAGAAGGAGAAAAAGUGGACAAUAAAACCAGAUUGGAGGCAACCCUUCAAGAGGAAGAAGCUAUUAGGAAAGAAAACCAAGAAAAAGAGUUGGAAAAGCUGUCAGAAGCUGCUGAGAAGGCCAAAGAGACCCUUCAGGUUCCUGAAAGGAAGGAAGUGGAUACAAUAGAUCUUGAUGCUUCAGCAGUGCAUACGAUGAAAAGUCAGAUAGCUGUGGAUACAGAAGUGGAUUUAACCCUGCACUCAGAGACUUUGAAAGAUACAGCACCAGUAUUGGAAGGCAUCAAGGGUGAAGAAAUAACCAAAGAAGAGAUUGACUUGUUAAGUGAUGCUUGUACAAAAUUGAAGGAACAAAAGAAGUUGCUCACAAAGGAAAAGGAGGAGCUGGAGGAGCUCAAGGGUGAUGUGCAGGAAUAUAGCGAGGAUUUGCAAGAGAUCAAGGAAUUGUCUAAGGCUGGAGAAGAAGAAAUAGUUGAAGAGACUAAAGCCAGCAAGAGAUUGACUAAAAGAGUGAACAGAAUGAUUGGGCAGAUUGACAAAAUUAUUCGGGAGUUAGAGACAGACCAACAAGUUAUGGAUAGACAGUUGGACAGUAGUGCUAGUCCUCCCAUUGGGUUGUGUUUCCCAUUUAGGGAGAAUCUCAUCAGUAUCCAUGAGCUUAUUAGUGUGAUGAAACAGAUCCAGGAGAUUCCCGAAAGCAAACUGAAUAGGCUUGCCGAAGCGCUAGAUGAAAAUAAAGAUGGAAAAAUUGAUAUCGAUGAUGUUUCCAAGGUGGUAGAACUGAUUGACAAAGAAGAUACUGAUAUUUCUACUAACCAAGUAGCGGAGAUCAUAUCACUGUUGCAAAAAGAGGAAAAACUAGAAGAAAAAGAAAAAAUGAAAGAAAAGACUGAGAAGGAAGCUGUAGAAGCAAAGAAUUAGUCUUCAGUCUCAUUCCAAGGCUGAAUUAAGUGGAGCAUCUUACGUACCUUGUCCAACACCUCCUAUUUGUGAGAUGAUGAACAUUAUUAAUCUCUAGGCUAAUCAGGAAAUUUUAAAAAAAUUGGAGAGGCAGAAAGAAAUUUCUGAUCAAACAAGGGCAACUUAUCAUUCCUUGACAAUGAGAGCAGUCUUGGUCUUAAAUAAUUUAUUCAUCCUUGUGGAAUCAUGUACACUCUUUGGUAUUCUGUAGGAAUUAGUACACUUUAUAAUCUCCAGAGCACAAUACAAAUUAGGAAUUUCCUUGCAUUGCUUGCCCAAGGAGCCAUCAACUUCCUUUCAAAGAAUAUUAUAUUUACUUGGCAUGAAGCUAUUCUUCUAUACCUGCCAAAGAAGUGAAAAAUUGUGCAGCAAAACCACCAGUAUAUAGACCAUCCAAAAGAUUUCUAAAUUCCCAUCUAAAUUUUUUAAGUUAAGUUUUCAAAAGACCUUAUCCAGGCAAACGUGUUAGUUCUGAAAGUGCUAUGGUUGCAUUGGCAUACCCCAUGGUCCAGACCAAAAGUAACACUUUCAGGAUGUUAUCAUGCACUUUCUCAUAACUAAAUAAUGUAUGUGCAGAAAGUAGAUGUAAAAGGGGAUGCAGCCCUAACCCACUACCAGUGCAUACAUCAGUGCUUUGCUUUAAUUUUCCCCAUACAUCUGCACUCCCUCUGGUCUCCCACCCAUUGGUAACAGGAAAUCCCAUCAAAGCUUCUGUCAUUUUUAAAAGUCACAGAACAACCAGCAAUCUCAGCAGCUGCCACUCCUCCAGACCUCUGCCCACUUUCUUCCUUAUCUGGAAGGUGGCCAUUGUGAAUCUGCAGGCAGAGUGGGAAGCUAUGUAAGGAGCAAGGGGUGGAGAGAGUAGAGUGCUCAGAAGGCUUUUAUACCUUGACCAAAGGCACAAGCCCAAGCCGUCACUCUUUGGGGUUAACAUUUUCUUAAAUGUGCAUUGAAGCCUGGGGAUUAAAAGCCUUUUUGACAAAGUAAAUUACAUUUGUGGAAUUAAAAAUAUCUAGGAAAUAAGCCUUUAAAUAUUUUGAAAAUGUUGGUCUGUAUGUUUGUGUCUAAUUUAUAUGUAAAGUGACUGGAAAGAAAACAUCCAUUAUAGUUUAUUUUUGUUAAUUUGAAAUUGUGAAAACCACAUUGUCUCUGUACAUGAAAAUCAUCAAAGAUAUGAAAUUACUAACCCAGUAAAUUGGGAACUUCAUACAAAAAAUAACUUUUUCAUUUUCUUGCUUACUAAAGAUUUAGCAAAUAUCUGGUAAAAGUAGUAAGUAAGCUGCUUAGUUUGCUUUUCCAUUUGACCUCUUUUUGUUAAUUUUUUCCUACCAUUUAGUAGUAGCUGAAUAUUAACACAAUUUUGGUCGCUGAACCUUGAAAACAUUCACAUUGUUUUUUCUUUGUUUUCCAGUGAGGUUAAGGAUGCUCUUAAGUCUAUUUUACAAGAAGUAACUCAUUUUGAAAUAAUGACAUUUAAUUUUGAGCAAUUGACUUUUUGUGAUGCAGUGUAAAGGGAAGAAGGGACCUUUUGGAUUCAACCACUUCAGAUUCCUUGUUGGAUUCUUUAAAUUUUCUUAAUAUUGUGCACUCUCUUUUGUAACCAAUAGUUCAAGGGGAAAAAUAUUCAUGUUGCCCUUCUUAAAUUGAGUUCUGUUUUGAUAUGACAACACUGUCAUUGUGGUAUUUAUGGAUGGUAUUGGGUGCUGGCUGGCUGCUAAUGGAAGAAAUCUGUCAGUGAAACAGGGAGGCAGGCAACUCCCUGCAUCCCUGCUGGAGCCGAUUCCCGUGGGGGGAGGGGAAGAAUUGCUGAAAAUUGUCUCUCAGUUCAGUUGACUAAUCCCAUUGGUGAAUGAACAAUAUUGGAUAUUGCCCUGUGGAUCCACAACUUGAGAAAUAAGUCCCAUGUCUGCAUAACAUUUUUAAUAGAAAAAAUAUUCUGUUUAGAUGUUCAGUAAUUAUAAUUCAUCAUAUAACAGCUCAUCAUGUCCAGAUUUGUUGCCAACUUCCAGUUCUUAGCUGUGUCCUUUUAAUUCCCAUUGAUUUCAGUGGUCUUUAGAGAGGAACCAAAGAGAUGUGUGCCUACCAAGGGCUUGCUUUCACUUUUGGCAGCUUGUCGGUUACAAUUUCUAUCAGCUUUAAAUUGCAGGUGGUUUUAUGCUAGCACUGGUGAAGUAAUACUUUGCUACAGUGAAAUGUUUUUGGUGAAUCACAAGCCUAUUUCAGUGUGAGGAAAAUGUAUGUGGCUGAAUUUGGCUCUGAAAUGAUACAUUUUUAUACAAAGUCAAAGGCAAUUGGACAAAAUGCCAAUCUCAUGGGAUGCAUGGUGGACCAUGAUUUUUACUGAAUUGCUUUAGCAUUUAUGUUCCAGGCAAAGUCCACAGAUGUGUUGCAUACAUGUACAUUUUGGAUUAAAAGAUGCAGUGGAUAGCAUGGUAAGCAGCUGAAUGUUGACAGGAUAGUAGACAGAAUUCAUAAAUCAUAAUUUGCUGUGCCCUUGUGCCAUCAAAUCUGUAAAUUUUAUACUAGGCGUUCUUACAAAGAAUGUUGAAUAGAUUCCCACUUGAAAUUGAAUGUCAGGCUGUAGACUUAUAGUUCUGCAUAUUGGUGUGUAGGCUAAAACACUCAUUAAUGAGAAACGUUAAAGCAGUUAUACGAAAUUUGUUGUAAGUAUGCAUAAUCUGAGUAACUUCAGAUUUGGAAGUUAUCCAUAAAGCAAUCUAUGGGCUCCCCUUUGGCAAGCUAAUUUAGUCUUGAUUUGACUUGAGCCCACAAUGAAUUUGUUUAAGCUGAGCUCUAUUAUGAAUGAAGACCCUAUUGUACUCCCUGUGAUAUCAUCAAGAGCAUAAUGGGGUUUGGAGGCCUCUCCACUUUACCCAAAACUUCACUGACGGUUAUAGAAAGAAAUUGCUUCACUUGGAGCCUCAGUUAGACCAUUGGUAUAAGCAUUUACCAAUACCAAUACAAGCAUUUGUGGGAGAUGGGAGCUGUGCUAGUAUAGCUGUGCUAAACAUUUGCUGGGGGCCUGGGACUGAGCCCUCUCCCCCACCCAAUUGCAGCUUUUUGUUGAGUUUUUGAUGGGGAAGGGAAUGACUUCAUCUGGGAGGAUUGCAGCUGAGGCUGUCCAUUGCAAGCUCUGCCUGGAUUUCAGGGGGUGUUUAGACUCCUCAUAUAAUGGGCUUGAGGGUUUCUACACUGGGAAUUCAUUUCCAAGCCCCCCCCCCCCCACUUCUAAAGUUAUGUGCCAUCGCUAAUAGCUAGCAAUUUCCUUUCGUUAAAUAUGAAUGGAGGAGGAAGAGCUAGUUUUAAAACACUGAGUGAAGCUGGUGCUAGAAGGGGCUGCCCCAGUAUGUUUCUGAGAAUUCUUUAGCUGCAAGUUUUAUUUUGAGCUAUAUUGCUCAGCUUGUUAGCCUCAACAGUGUGCUUGAACAAACCCCCUCCGUCAUUGAUUCUUUUUUGUAUUCAUACGAUGUUUUUUGCCAUUUGUUCUACUAUAUUUAGACUUGCGAUAUAAGAAAGGGCAUAUGUAGUACAAAAUAUUUUUGUACCUAUGUUUUGAUAAAUUGGUGUUACCUUUCAGAUCUUGUAAGAAAUACUUAAGACACUCAAGCUGUUUAUCAAACACAUUUUGUACUUUUUUAAAAAAUGGCAAAAGACUUUCUUAUGAAAAAUUGUAACCCAGGAUUCUAGGCCAGAGCAGAUGAGACAUCUGUCAUGAUAGAAAAGUGGGACCUUCAAGUUGCUGUGCAAGGCAGAGUAGCCAUGAGUUUUAUCCAACUAAGGUUUAUUCAGAGUAAAGCCAUGGACCUAAGUUAGUCACAUCCAUUCAUUUUAAUGGGUCUUCUCUCUAUAUGAUUAAUGCUGGAUAUAACCCCAUGUCUGAAAUACUCAUGUGAUGACAUACAGGUUCUAAAAAUAUUUUUCUCUAGAAACGAUUUUCUAAUAUUAAAACUAGCCAAUGAAAAUAUUACCCUCCACUACUUUCUUUGUAGGUAACAAUGUGGUAAUGAUUGGUCUCUGUUGUUUAUAUUGCACAGACUGAUAGGGGACAGAAGCAUGUCUGGUUUCAUGUUCACAACAAUGAAAUUUGCUCACACUUGAUGGUCUUGAUUGAUCAUCUUAUUUGGGGUUGGCAAAGAGUUCUCUCCCACUCAAACCAGUGAACGGGUGGGCUGCAUUUCUUAUUACUAUGUGGCUUAUCUUCCUUGGAUCUCCCUCUAUGAGUCAACUUUUUCUGUGGUACACAUUGAAGAAUGAAAUGCCUAGGUUCAGGGCCGGAUUAAUCUGAGGAGGGCCCCUAGGCUGAUUGGUGUUUGGGCCCCCCAUCCCCACGCUUCACCUACCUUUCCGUUGUUCUUUGUGGUGCGCACAGGUUUGCCAUCAAUCAAGAUGGCGGCCGAGGUUUCCCUAAGGAGCUGAAGCCUCUGCUGCCAUCUUUGUUGAUGGUAGCAACAUGCGCGUGUAGCACGCAUGCGUGCCAUCAGUCAGGUUGGUGGCAGAGGAUUCAGCCCCUUAAGGAAACUUCUGCCGCCAUCUUUAUUGAUGGCAAAUCUGUGCGCUGCAAAAAACAGCAGAAAGGUAGGUAAAGCGGGGGGGGCCUGUAGCUCCAGGGGCCCUCAGGCCAGUGCCCCAUGGGCCCCCAAGAGCUCCGGGCCCCUAGGCUUCAGCCUACUAAGCCUAAUGGAUAAUCCGGCCCUGCCUAGGUUGACUCAUGGGUGGAUGGUCCUGCUUCAUAGAAAAGGAUGAGACUAGGUCAGAGGUGGUCAACUGGCAGUGUUUAGGCAGGUAAUGCCUACGAAGACAUUUUGUCUAGUCCCUAGCAGCCCUCCCAGUCCAUUUUAAUUAAGAGGAUGGAAAGAUUUUGCCCACAAUUUGAUUUGUUUGGUUCAUAUACCACUAGAGUAGCCAAUGUGGUACCCUCCAGAUGUUUUGGACUAUAAUUCCUAUCAUCCCUGGCUAUUGGCCAUGCUAGCUAUGGAUGAUGGGAGUUGUAGUCCACAGCAUCUGGAAGGCACCAUGUUAGCUACCCUGGGUGUACAAUGACUGGCAGUCAGAUCCUGUCUUAAACCCUGGAGAGUCACCUUCCUAGCCUGUUUCCUAGCCUGUGAGAUGAAAAAGUCAGUUCUUCCACAGACCAAUUCGUAUAUAAGAUUACCGUGUUUUUUCUUGUAUGUUUCUUAGCAGCAGAGUUGUUUGGUAAAAUUUUAUUUGAGGGCAUACCAUAACACCAUUUCUUCAUGGAAGGUGGCUUUAUUAGCUAAUUCGUAUUUUACAAUUUUGUAACUGGGUAGAGAUUUCUUGUGAAAUCAGAAGCAUUUGUUUCUUUAACAUACUAAAAAGUAGCAACCAGGAAAGAAUCGGACUCCUGUUUUCAAAUAUUUUAAAGAGAUGUGCACCUAUUUUGGUAUAAGCAUGCCCCCUUUGGAUUUGAUGAGAGGGGUACACAAUUCACACUUGGAUAUCUGUACCUGUCCCAUUCAGAGCUGGAAGGACGAGGCUGGAGCAUAGGUGCAAGUAAAUCUCGUUUUAUUAGAGUAAUGGGUACAUCAAAGGCAUUGCGCUUCAUAGAAAACCCUGCGCUAACUCACUAGAAUUCCUAACUACACUCUAGACAUGCUCUGCAGUGUGGGAAGGAAGUUGACUCAACGACUCCCCACUUUAAGCGGCAAGCUUAUGAAGGGAACGUUUUCGAACGUAAUCUCUGACUCCUACGUAAUUCCUGUCUUUGCCCUGUCCGUUUCUCGUGGCGGCGGGAGCGCGGGGACAGAGGGCGUGCUUCCAACGGCUCAUCGGAAGACACCUGCUCCUGAGCAACAGGCUCAAGAUCAGGGGGCUGUGCCACGCUGGAAUCCUCCUGGGAACUGCUUGGCAAGGGAGGAGCUGGCACUGUCUCUGGAGCUUCCCCCAACAAGUCUUCUGCAUCAGCUGGGGGCGGCGCUCUCUGGUCCUCUGAGAGUGCGGUAACCGUGGUAAUUGGCUGGUGUGCAGGCUGACCCCCUCCCACAAGGUCCUGUCCAGACUCAACAAUUCCCAACUCUGCUUCCUCUGGCGGCAGAGGCGCCUGAAACUCAUGCCUCCCCCUUCCCUGUCCAUUCUGGUUUAGCUGAGGCUCAACAGUACCAGGUUUCUGCAGUAAUUCUUUCUACUAUGGAAUGGUUUUCAGCUGUUCUUCCUGUAGAGAAUUCUUUCACAGUACUAAUUUAAGUAUCAAGGAUUGCACUUUAGUUCAUGCACCCGUACUUAACACAUUCUCUUUUCUUUUUGGCUUUUGCUGUAGUCCUGCAUGUAUUGUGUGUCCUAGGACACACCUCGAAUGAUUGUCUUUUGCGAGAGAAGGCCAAAAGCGAUGGGCAAGCCUUUUAGUGAAGCUUUUCCACAAGUAUUGAUCUUCAUAUUGAGGGACCUGUAACAAGUAUUAGAGGAACCCUAAAGGUCCCUGAGACAUGGUUUGAAAAUGUCAUGAGAUGGGACUGAUCAAACAAGAUAAAGGGAUUGAUCAAAUUGCAUAAUGAAGGAACAAGUACUGAAGAAGAACUCCUCUGCCACCUCUUGUAUUUUUGAGAUUGUGGGGAUAGGGGAAAGAGAAGGAGAGAAACAGGGUGCCAUUUGAUUCAAUGAAGACACCAUUUAAAAAAACUUAGCUGAAAGACUCUCCUAGGUUUAUAAACAACUUAUCAUUAAACGGAGAAUGAGGGCUAUAGAGCUAACCUGCAGGCUUGUAUUCAGGGUGGCUUAAGCACUGCCUCGUCACGGUGCUGCAGGCACUUGUGUACUGUGCAUGAUCCUUGAGGGAUUGGUGACAGAUGUUCCAUCUUUUGGGCAUAAGGUUCCAACUCAUAAUUCUUGGUGGUCUCUUGGGAUCACAGGUUACAUAUUUUCUUAAACUUUUGUCAUUGGGAUCAGUUGCUGUGAUGCGUUACUUAGAUGUUCUCGUGGGUAAAAAUGUAAAAAUGCCAAUCUUGCUUUGGAAAAGUAUACUGCACUCCAUUAUCUAUGAUACUGACACUCCCUGCCCCCCAUCAUAAAAUCCCAGAAAGACUUUAUUCUGAUGCAUGCAAAUCAAUAAAUAGAUGUCUAGAAAAGUAUAGUUUCCUUUCAAAUAGUGGAUGCUAUUGUGCUGCUAAGAGUAUUCAGGACUUUAAAGCAUAUUGGCAAAGCAGGCUGGCAGGCACCACACUAGCAAAUAAACUUUACAUGAAUAGACUGUCAUGAGAAAUGCCAUGGUUUUUCUACAAUGGAGGUUUAUUCUCUCUGGAAAAGAGAUUUGCACCAUCAUGAGUCAUGCAAGGUACAUGUUAAUUUAAAUGUAAAUGCAUUGCUAGUGAUGUUUUUGUGUGGCAAAAAUGUGUAUACAUUUAUAUCUUUUUACAAUUAAAAUAUACUUCUUCCCCCCCUAAAAAAAUUAUUAAAUAAAAUAUACUUACUCUA